AUGUUAGUGAUCACUGGUGCUACUGAUGGUAUCGGAAGGGCAUACACCCAUGAGUUGGCCAGAAGAGGAAUGAAUGUCUGUCUUAUCAGUCGAAGUGAAGACAAACUCAAGAAGGAAACAGAGGACAUCCAACAAAAGUUCAAAGUACAAACUAAGCAUAUCGCGUUCGAUUUCAAUACCACCAAGGAUGAUGAUUACCUUAAUAAACUAUUGCCACAGUUGAACCAAAUUGAGGUUGGUAUCCUUGUCAACAAUGUAGGUAUCUCGUACGACCAUCCAAUGUAUUUGGAGGAGUUGCCAAACGAUAGAAUCGAUGCAUUGAUCAAUCUCAAUGUUCGUGCUGCCACUGUCCUCUCAAAGGCCAUAUUACCAUCGAUGUUGGAGCGUAAACGUGGAGCCAUCAUCAAUUUGGCAUCGAUAUCUGGAAUGGCUUCAAUUCCAUUCCUCUCUGUGUACAGCGGUACUAAAGCGUUCAUCGAGAGAUUUUCAACCUCACUCAACUGCGAGUAUGCCAACCGUGGUAUUUUCGUACAAUGUAUUGCACCUGGUAUCGUUGUCAGUAACAUGUCAAAGAUUAGAAAACCAUCUCUCUUUAUUCCAAUGCCAAAUGUAUAUGCACGUGCUGCCAUCAAUUGUAUUGGAUAUGAGAAAUCAACCGCUGGAUAUUGGGCACACCGUGUCCAAACAUUCCUUAUUACCGUCAUCCCAACCUUUAUCUCUGAGAAGUUAAUGUAUGACAUGCACUUUGGUCAAAGAAAGAGAGCAUUGGCAAAGAAAAAAACUCAAUAA